CCCACACCCAGCCCCCGCCACCUGAGUACCUGACACACAGCGAAACGCCGAAACCGCGUCAAGUUCCCCUUCUGCGAUCCCCCAAUCGCCGUAACCCUAGACUCGCCACCGCCGGCGCGAUGCUCCGCUCGCCGGGCAAUUCGCCCCGCCGCCUCUCACCGUCGCCCACACCCGCGCACUCCACCCCUCGCCCGGCCUCCCCGCCCCCCUCCACCGCCCCCUCCUCGAAGCGCCGCCGGUCGGAAGUGCUCGACGAGGACACCUACGUCGCCGCCAUCGAGCGCAUCAUCGAGCGCGACUACUUCCCCGACCUGCCCCGCCUCCGGGACCGCCUCGACUGGCUGCAGGCCGUGCGGUCCCACGACCCGCUCAUCCUACGCGACGCGCAGCUCAAGAUCCUAGACCGCCGCCGCCGCGCCCAGCGCCACGCGGCGGGGCCCGUCCCCACGCCGACGCCGGCCACCUCCACCGCGCUCCGCUCCCCGUCCUUUCUCACCACCCCCGCCGGAUCCGUCGCCGGCGGCGUGGGAGGUCCCGACGCCGACCACGACGACGACGUCGCGGCCGCGGUCUCCCUCGACGGCUUCUUCCGCCGCUUCACCAGCGAGGACAACGACUCCUUCUCGCGCAUCCUAGACAAGGUGAACCAGCGCCGCCGCGAGCGCUACGCGCACCUGCUGGAGCCGCCGCCGCCUACCGAGGCGGGGAGCAAAGCGUCAGAGGGCGCCAAGCGCGACAGGAUCACGGACGGGUACGGUACAUCGGGGCAGCCACCGAGUACGCUCGAGGGCGCCAAGUUCACGGCAAAGAACCAGCUCAUGUACUACCCGGCUGACCAGGGGGAAGCGCCCCUCACGGAGGAGGAGCGCGCAGAGCGGCUCAGGGGGAUGACCAAGGAGAUAAACAAGCCGAACACCAGGCUACAUGGCAGAGCCACGGCUGAUGACGCGAGGCCCAAGGAGGAGGGGGCUGCCAUACUUUACGCGCUAGUUGCAGGCUCUACUCCGGGAGGGAUGGCCUACCACGACCCUGACAAGUUGAAGAAGUACGAUCUGGAGGACCUGAGGAAGACCCCGAACCCUUUCUACCUCGAGUCGGACAAGAAGGCCGGCAACGGGUACAGUUUUGUGAGGACGCCGUCGCCGGCACCCGGCGUGGACGAGUCGCCGUUCAUGACGUGGGGUGAGAUCGAUGGAACGCCGCUGAGGCUGGACUCGGAUGAGACGCCGGGCGGUAGCGAGAGAGCGCAUUUCAAGAUGCCGCCGCCUCCUGCUCGCGAUGUCAAGGCGCACCUGCUUUCGAGGGACGCCGCUCGGAAAAUAAAGGAGCGGUCUAAUACCUUCCAUAGGCCGCCCCUACCCUCCCCUGCGAGGGGUGUCAGCGCAAGCCCUAGAACCCUCUCGCGGGCCGCACAAAAAUUCGUGAGGAACGCCAUCACCAAGUCGGCAAAGUCCUCCAGCGCCAUUGACGAAUCUCUCCGUGCAAGCUACAGAGGCUCGACCCCAUCUGCGAGCACUCCCAAGUCAAGGUUUUCAAAAGACCCUGGCCUCGCAUCGCGUUCUCCAUCCACAAGGCAGGGUUCCACCCCUCCCUGGGUUUGCAUACAUUCAUCUCCUACCUUAAUAGUAGGUGACAGUCUGAAGAUGGUAAGUCAUGCUCAUGCCACGGUAUUUUUCCAAAAAAGUCAAGUUCUGGUAUUGUUUUCUGUACUCUGCCUUUUGCUUGUGGACUGUAGCAGGUACUGUAAUGCUGUAGUCACUUUGUGUGUUACCUGCAUAGGGUGCUAGUAAGUUUUUGCAUUUUUGCUAAACACACAAUCUAAUUUACUGAGUUUCGAACUCUAGAUCAAGUAUUGUAUACUUUCAGUUUACCUGUAUUCAUCAUAACUGUAGUUUGUGCCUAUGAAUGCUCUAACAGGACAAGAUGGAAACAAAAUGCAUUUGGAACCCAAAAGUUACAUAUAAUUUCUUCAGUACCAAACAUACAUUUACUACUGAUUAGCUAUUUCAUUGCUGAUGGUGGCAACCUAUUUUGUUAAGCAUCUGUAUCCCUUCUUUUGUUCUAAUGAUUUUUUUUCUUUAUACAAAGAAAAAAAACUUCGGAAUUUCCAAUUCAUACUUUAGAGUUUCAGGCUCUAAUCUGCUUACCAAGCCUAACGCUAACGCCUUGUGUAAUAACAGGUUGUAGAAUAUGAAGAAACUAUUGGUACAUAUUAUCUAUUUUGUGAAAGUGGGCAGGAACACUGAAACUACCCUCCCUACCCCACCCUUAUAAAAGUCCAGAUGUUAGAUGGCAUUGUUUGCACAUAAAACUCCUAACCGGAACCCAGUCACAAGGUCAUGAUUGAACUAGUGAAUAUAGUUUUCAUCAGUAUGAACCAUCUGUCAGUCAUGCUAUAAUCAUUGUCAACUCAUAGGUUCAUUGGGGAACUCAUUUGCGCAGUCUGAAAAACGCUAUUUUUUUUUGACGUAAUGCAUUUCUUUAUAUUAGACUCAUUCAAUGUUUGCCCCCCUUUUGUCAGCCAAAACUGAAACAAAACCUACAAACGAUGAGAUCACACCUUCUGAAGAAAAUACAGACAAACCAGCUCACAGCAGUAACGAAGCACCCUCGAAGGAGGUGAUCCAUCUCGCCAUCGUUCAAAAGAUCCUCAAAUUUCGGCCAUUCAGUGCGGGAGUAUCCGCAGCAUGGAGCAUAUCAUCACAAGGACAAGGAGCUCCAGAUAAAAAAAAGCCGUUUUCUUGUUCAAUACCUCCAGUGUACAUUUAGGUAGCUCAUUGACCCGUCCAAACGAGGUGGCUUGUAUACUUGCUGAGUUCAUCUAUAUAUAUCUGAGCUAACAUAUCGAUCCGUUGGUGCUUAUUGUUUUA